CACCUGCCUUUGCCUCUCAAGUGCUGGGAUUAAAGGUAUGGGCCACCACUGCCCAGCUAACAAAGCAGUUUUUAAUGUACCAUCCUGUAGACAGGACACUAGCAUAGAGAAAAGGCAAAAAUGGCCUCCUGCUGUUUUGACAACAGAUAGUGGUUUUUAAAGUCCCCACAAUCACAAGGAAUUCCUGCCACCUUUUCCUUAAGGCUGGGACUUACCUCUUCUGUAAAGUCCCUACUCAAUUGGUUUGGGACACAAAGCCUUAUCUAAUGAAUAAUUUGGGCCUUGAGACUGCCCCUUUUCUGACGGGGGACAGUGUCAUGCAGCAGGCUGCCCUUAACUUUCUAACUCACAGAGUUCUGAGACUCCUGGGCACCAGCUGCCAGUUAGAGGAGAGAGAAGUCAAGUGCCCUGUUUAUCUGAUGGCCCUCUGAUGAACUUUGAGCCCACCCCAUACUGCAGAUGGACUAUAACAGUUUAUCUCUUCCAACAGGAAUGCAGUCACAAUGAGUCUACUAUUAGUUCCACAAGACAAGAUCGGGGGAAGGAGGGCUGCGAAUGGGCAGGUCUGCAAAGAAACGGGGUAGGCCGGCUCAGAUGAAAACUAGCUCUUUAAGAGCCCAGCGGGUACAGCCUGGUUACUGGUUAAUCUACCUGGCUUAGCUUUGGAAGCGUCCGCCCAUGAUGAUGUCAUCGUCGAUCAGGUUACUCAGGUGGCAUGAGUUUGCCAGUACCAGCUGUGUCAUGAAGAGAAGGAAGUCUCCAGAAACCUGUGCUGGUGGCCCAGGAGUCAGACGGUAUGCACUUCGCAGGAGCUGGAAAGCCUCUGAUUAAGUUCAGGCACUGCGAGAGGUCCAUCUACAGUUUCAGUGUACCCCAGUGCUGCCCCCUGUGCCAGGGGGACGUGGGCUCCGCCAGGAUAGAGGACGCACCUAUCAGCAUCUCAGACCCGUUCUCCAAUGGGCAUCAAGAGAAAUGCUCUUUCCUCCUCAAACCCACGAGAGGGACGUUCCUCAGGGAGUACGAUGGAAAGUCUGAUCUGCACGUUGGACUCACUAACACACGUGGGGUCGUGUAUAACUACAACGCACACGGCAUACAGCGUGACGAGGCGGGGUGGGAGCAGAGUCUCGGCGUUCCUCUAGUGCAGCCCGGCAUGUUUGGACUGAUGGACCAGUGGGACAAGUACUUGGAAGACUUCUCUGCUUCGCCGGCCUGGCUGCCUCACAGGUAUGACGAGAACCACCACAACUGCUCCAGCUUUGCCCUCACCUUCGUUAACUGUGUCCUUGCCAUGGAAGGCAAAGAGCAGCUGGACAAGAGGGAGUUCACGGAGAAGUACGUGAUCCCGAGGACGCGCCUGGCCUCCAAGUACAUCACGCUCUACAGGGCCAUCCAGGAGAGGGGCUUCCACGUGGCUGACCAUCCCCACCCAGUGACAAGCCCCCCUUGAGCAGUCUGUGCUGAAGGCUGUGUGUGUGUGUGUGUGUAUGGUUGGGACAGGACAUUCAGGUUUAUUACCUUUAAAUGGUACUGCAGAUGCCUAACUGUAUUUAACUGUGGCUAAUAAAAAAUGUGUAUGGUUUUCCUUUAAGCAUAUUAUAAAAACGUGUAAAAUUAACAAAAACAAAUAAAAAUUUACAGAACUAAUAAAAUCACAAAGUAUAUUGUUCAGUGGGAGAACCACCUGCCUAUCAUAUAAGAGACCGUAGGUCCAGUCCCCUGUACCACACCCCUAAAUUAAAAAAAAAAAUUAAAUUGCCCUGGGUUUCAAAAAAAAAAAAAAAAAAAAAA